AUGCUCCUUCGCGAUGCGGACCCCUCACCUUCAGGAAUGUUCAUAAAAUUUAUACCGGCAACAGUGAAACUGAAAAGUAUUACUGUUGCUGAUAAUAGAUUUCAAGACGAAGAUGAUCGCUUUAGAAAACAUUCAACCUUACAGUUAUUAAUUCAUAUUGAAGAAUUUACACAAUUAAAAUCAUUAACGAUAUGUGCAUUAGUAUCAUCAAACAUAAUAAAACUCAUACCAAAAUUAGGAAAAUUCAAAUGCUUAACAAAUUUAUCUCUUACGUUUACUCAUCAAAGGAUUCAGUUUAUUCCAAGACUGGGAAAUGACGUCGAAAUAGACACAAAGAAAAUUUGCAAAAUGAUCGUUUGGAAAGAGCUGAGAACGUUAAAACAUUGUCGGUUAUCAUUUCCCCAUGUAAUGUGCUUUCAAACAACAAUGGCAGCACCUAUAAAUUUAGAGUAUUUGAAAAUUCGUCAUUAUAACAUAAAUGAAAUGAUGGCAUUACUAAAACACGUACCAAAACUAAAACGUUUUUCUGUUACUAUUUACACGCAUGAAGAACAAUAUCCGGAAUACAAUCUACCAUCUCUACAAUAUUUAUCUCAUUUUACAUUAAAAAGUCGAAGAAUAUAUGAGCAAACGGAAUAUAUCUUACGUCAUAUGCCGCAACUAAAAAGGUUCGUAUUUUCCGGAAAUUCGUUGCAAUUUGUUAAUGGUAAUAUGUGGGAACGAUUAAUUGUUCAAUUCCUACCACUAUUACAGUCAUUUGAAUUUAGUGUAUGUGUCCGCUAUUGUGGAGAAAAUCCAAAUCUGAAUGAAUUACUAUUGUCAUUCACAACAGUUUUUUGA